CCGGACCGGUACUCCCGCUCCGGACGUCUCGCGUACCAUCCCUCAAACUACAGCGGAGAGUUGCUAUACCGGUCCUCCAGGCUUCCUAGCUCCAGGUCAUCUUUAGCUUCGAUCAUGUUUUCGUUGUAACACGGAUCAGAAACCACUGACCCGACUUUUCUUAAGAUAAUACAGGCGCCACAUUUUUCCGAUGCGCUAGCACAGCGCCCCGCAAGCUACCCAUUUUGCUCGGUACCACGGCGCGGGAGGGAUUGUAAAGUCAACCCAGAGAAGAGGCCUCUGUUUGUUAGUCGGUGGUCGAUGUCGGGCGACAACAACCCACAAACGUCCUGGCCAACGAUUCGUCCCCGAAAGCGAUGCCACAUUGAAUGUCCAGAAAGAGUCCCUUAAGAUUCCAGCCCCCAUACUACACUUUGGGAGAUGAAAGGACGACGAUAACAGGGACGACUUUCAGUGGGCGGAACUGUGUAGCGUUGUGUGGGCUGUGAAUACCGCUAUUGUAUUACUGACCAGAACGGACACUUUCCAUCUGGUUCCGGCAGACAGCGUAGGUCAAAGCCGGGGACAGAUUUGCUUCAGGACUCCUCAGUUUUAAGCUAGUCAAACCAACCAAAGCAGAAUGGCAUCGCGACUGUUGCUACAGAUUCUACCUCUCCUGAUGUUCGUGUGGUCGUCUGUUGACGCCGCCACGUCAGUCGUCACGACGUCAGCGGGACAGGUUCGUGGACUUGAGCUUGACGUCUUAGGAAGGAAGGUCAACGCAUACUUGGGAAUUCCUUUCGCCAAGCCUCCCGUGGGAGACCUGAGGUUCCGAGCACCGGAGCCUGUGGAGUCAUGGACCGGCGUGUACGAGGCCACACAGUUCCCUAACUCCUGUGUGCUGGCACCCGAUGAGGCCUUUCCCGGGUUCCAUGGUGCAGAGAUGUGGAACCCCAACACGCCCAUCAGCGAGGACUGCCUGUACCUGAACGUGUGGCAGCCAACACCCGCACCUACAGGAGCAACCGUCCUGGUCUGGAUCUACGGAGGAGGUUUCUUCUCGGGCACGUCGUCUUUAGAUGUGUACGACGGGAGAUACCUGGCCCGCAUGGAGGAUGUCGUUGUGGUGUCCAUGAACUAUCGGCUCGGUGCCCUCGGGUUCCUGUACAGCGGGUCAGAAGCCGCGCCCGGGAAUGUAGGACUCCUGGAUCAACAUCUUGCGCUGCUGUGGGUUCAACAAAACGUCCACGCGUUCGGAGGGGACCCGGCGAAGGUCACCAUAUUUGGAGAGAGCGCAGGCGCUGCGAGCGUGAAUUUCCACAUGAUCUCUCCGAUGAGCAGGAAUCUGUUCCAGAGAGCAAUCAUGCAGAGCGCGUCCGCCCUCGCUCCCUGGGCCGUGAGACCUAGCGAACAAGCCCGGAAACGCACCAAAGCCCUGGCCAUAGAUAUCGGGUGCUCAGCAGAGGAGGAGGACAUGGAUGCACUCGUGGCCUGCCUGAGGGAUGUCCCUGCGCAGACUAUCCUGGACCACGAAUGGAAUGUUGUAGACUUGACCGGCGCACACUUCCUUGCUGACAUCCCCUUCCCUCCAAUCAAGGAUGGAAGCUUCCUUACAGAAGAUCCUGCCGAGGUUUACGAGAAAGGUACCUUCAAAGACAUUGAUAUCCUCGUUGGGUUCGUCAAGAACGAGGGGAAUUUCUGGUUAGUGUACGGAGUUCCCGGUUUCAGCAAGGAUACGGAUAGCAUCAUCGACAGGGAAACGUUUGUGGGAGACAUAGGGUUUUGCCAUCCCUGGUUGAACGACAUUACGGUCGAGGCUACUGCGUUUGAGUAUACGGAUUGGCUACACAUGGACCAAGACACCAUGUACCGAGAUGCACUGGAUAGCGUCUUCGGGGACUACUUCUUCGUCUGUCCGACAACAGCCGUGGGGAAGGGCCACAUCAACCACGGCAGGACAGCAUAUGUGUACGAGUUCGCGCAGGUGGCCUCCAACUUGGCGUGGCCACACUGGAUGGGCGCCAUGCACGGGUACGAGAUAGAGUUCAUCUUCGGGCUCCCUAUCGAUCCGAAGUGGAACUACACCGCAGAGGAAGGGGAACUCGCUCGCAGGAUGAUGCGGUACUGGACCAACUUCGCUAGGACUGGUAACCCAAACAAGAGGUCACCUGACGAUACGACCGAUGACAUAUGGCGGCCAUACACAGAGGAGGGGCGGGAAUACAUAAUCCUGGAUACCGACGGAACCCGGAUGUUGAGCGGUCCGAAGAGCAAGCAGUGUGCAUUCUGGGAACGGUACAUGCCUAGCCUUCAGAAGGAAACAGACGAUCUUAUUAACGAUGCCGAACCCUGUAGUUCCGGAGGUCGGUCCUGGCGUUCGGAGGGAGUAGCAAAGUUCAGCAGUUUAGCGGCGGUUUUCGCGGUUUUGGUUGCACAUCGGCUGCAAGUGUUUGGACAUUAAGUGGACAUGCAGCUAGCUGCAUGUGUUGUCUAAAGUUUAGUACUGAGUUCUGAUCGUCAACGUAGCCAUUCCCGUCUCGGACAGAGCAUCACCAUCGGGUACACACGGGAGUGGCUGUAGCCGUGUACAGAGUACAGACUAUGGAAAACAGGAGGCAGAUUUUGAGACAUACUUUAACAGAAUAUAUACAAACAGUUUGAUAACAAAUAUAUGAUAUCUAGUAAAUUAACAGAAGAAAGCUGUGUUUAGAUAACUUAUGAUAAUGUAUGAAAAGAUACACAAUCUAUCACUCGAACACCCUGUCAAAGCAAUAACAACUAUGUGCAAUUUUUGGGUAACUUCAAUCUGAUUUCUUAACAUUUACAGACAGCAGGAUACUAAAUUGAAAUUGACGGAAGAAACCGUACAAUUGUUCUAUUGUUGUGGGACUAUGAAAUAAUUGCUGAUAUUUGAGGUUGUAGUGAUUAUUACACAUGUAUAAGGAAACAGUUAAAAUGUAUAUUGAACAGAUGAAUCCAAUGGGAGCAAAAAUGGGAGGCGUGACUUCCGAUGAGUUAUGAUGUCUUAGUAUUGUCCCAUUUUCACACUCUGAAUAACUAGGAUUGAAAACUAUAUCUCUAUGCCCCCUUUCAUCAGACGACGAUUGCUAAUAAGCGACCAUACAAUUGGAUUUUUGUAACCCCUGAUUUUGUAAUUGGAAUAUGAUGCACAAUGCAAAGGUCUUAUUUGAAAUACGACGAAACACACAAAACGUAAAAAACUUCUUGAACUAUGAACUAUGAACUCUGAGCUAUCUGUCAAACCGUUAUUUUCGCUUUGUUGUCGUUGCACGAUCGCAGCUCGGUCACAGCUCGGUCGCAGCUCAGUCGCAGCUCGGUCGCAGCUUCUAAUUGAAAGGGUGCAUUUGCAUGAAUCCAGAUAAAUUGGCCUGACGUUGUUUUGCCACCACCUGUCCUUAGGGGCAAGAGACAAUUUGUUGUUCUUAGACAAUUAUUUAUCAUAAUUUGUACAUGUUUUGAUAGAUCCAAUGGAUCCCGGAAUUUUCAUAUGUUGUAACAAGAGUUCGUAGAACCCUUACCUCUAUUGAAUAAUCAACUGAGUUUGAAAAGUGAAGUAAUUGUACAUUUUUGUGAAAGUUUGUUAAAUUUCAACAGUUUGAUCUCUUUCUGAUGUUCGUCUCUUCCUGAUGUUCAUGUGUUAUACUAUUUAUUUUGAUAAUGUUAUAACUAUGCUAAAUUGGAAUCACCCAUCAUUAAUGUGAUACGAUAUUUUCUUGUUCAUCAUGCGAAAGAGACCUUCAUUUUCAUAAUCUACAUCUAUUGAUGACCCCUUUCCCAACCAUUGUCUGCCUAUCGAUCACAUUACAACAUUGUAUAAUAAGUAUAUUAUCAUAAAUUAUGCAAAUUUU